GAACACUGGAUGAGUUGAAGUAAAGAACCUCCCAAUAGCCCAGCAAGAAGCCUAACCCAAUCAUAAAGGAAAGUAGUCUAGGUUCCUCACUUCUUCCUAAUCUGGCUGAUCCUCGCUGCCCAUUGCCUAAAUUUAUGCAAUACUUUUUGUUUAAAGAACAGAAUUGAACCGUUCAAAACGCUUUUCCAAUUUCGAGUUUAGUGUGGUUUAAUGUCAGUUUUGUGUUAUUCAAGUAUGAAUUAACUCAUGAUCGAGUCUAAUAUUAAGGCAAGGUAAAUGAAUCAUUAAUCAAAGAUAAUAAUUUAUUAUAUAUAUAUAUAUAAAGGAUGAAGCUCAUGUUUAAUCCUUACCCAGGUUUAAUCUCCCACCCCCAGAGCUAAAAACUGCUUAACCCCUUUCUGGGAUUUGGACCUUAUGCUGCUCUCAUUCAUUGUUCUCUACAGUAUAACAUAGAAUAAUUAAUACACUCAGACUCAUUCAGUUAACGUUGUUACAUGAAUGAUUAAUUUUGGGCCAUGGAAUAUGUUUAAUUUCAUCUUCUUUGCAUGAGUGAUUAAACCAGCCGUUGAUUAUGCUUAAACAAAGGACACACCUCCUUUCACUCUGCCAAACUGUAACAAAAUAUCCUACACAUAUCUAUAAGCCUAUAUAGCAACUCAUUCACUAGUAUCCAAGAAUCAGACAGCCAUGGGAAGCUUCAUGGUGUUAAAGCAAUCCAACAUUGGUGAAAUUCUCUUGUCCCUAUUUUCCAAUAACAUAGAUUUUUUAGCAGCAAUAUCUCUCCUUGCAAUUGCCAUUUACAUUGUUUCUUUCAAUUCCAAGCGUGUUUAUCUUGUCGACUUUGCGUGCUAUAAGGCACCAGAUUAUCAAAGAGUUCCCAUCUCCGCCUUCAUAGAACAUAAAGAAUUAUUGGGAAAUUCCAAUUCAAAUGCCGAGUUCCAAACCAAAGUCCUUGAAAGAUCACGUAUUGGUAAUGAAACUUACCUUCCUUCAGGCGUCCAUCUAUUUCCAGCAGAUCAUUCUUGGAAGUAUACCAUUGAGGAGUUUGAAAUGGUGUUAUUUACAGUAGUUGAAGACCUCUUCACAAAGCACAAGAUCAACCCAAAAAGUAUUGGCAUUUUAAUCACAAAUUGCAGCCUUUCAUGCCCAACUCCUUCUUUAGCAUCAAUGAUCAUUAACAAGUUUGGUUUCAGAAGCAAUAUUCUAAGCUUCAAUCUUUCUGGAAUGGGUUGCAGCGCAGGGCUCUUGUCAAUAUCAUUAGCCAAAGACCUUCUGAAAGUGCAUAAAAAUUCUUUAGUUCUUGUCCUCAGCACGGAAUCAACCACAUCCAAUGUUUACGAAGGAAAAAUCAAGUCUAUGCUUCUAGCAAACUGCUUGUUUCGAAUGGGUGGUGCUGCUAUUUUGCUCUCCAACCGAAAAUCCGACAGGGACAUUGCUAAAUAUGAGCUUCAACAUCUAGUAAGAACCCAUCUUGGUUCUAAAGAUGGCUCCUACAACUGCGUUUACCAACGAGAAGACGAUGAAGGGUACACAGGAGUAUCAUUAUCAAGAUCCAUUCUGCAAGUAGCAGGCGAAGGAUUGAAAACCAACAUGGCAACAUUGGCAGCAAUGGUCCUACCAUAUUCUGAGCUAAUCAAAUAUGUAAUCUCAUCAAUGGCGUGUAAAAAAAGGAGAGGAACUUACAUACCCAACUUCAAGAAAGCUUUUGAUCAUUUUUGUGUGCAUGCUGGUGGGAAGACUGUGAUUGAUGCUAUAAAAGAGAACCUUAAGUUGAAAGAUAAAGAUGUGGAAGCAUCAAAGAUGACACUUUACAGAUUUGGGAACACAUCUUCAUCAUCAAUUUGGUAUACUCUAAGCUACCUUGAGGCAAAAGGUAGGGUUAGAAAAGGAGAUAGAGUGUGGCAAUUAGCAUUUGGAAGUGGUUUUAAAUGCAACAGUGCUGUUUGGAAGUGUAUUUCCAGGAUGAAACCUGAGGCUUCAAAUGUUUGGAUGGAAAUGAUUCAUCUAUAUCCUGUGGAUGUGCCAGAAGUGAUGGAUCAUUGAUGGUAAUUUUGUUUACAUAAGCAUCAAUGGUUAAUCUUGCAAAACUGCAAAUCUGUUGUGAGAUAAAAGAUUAUGACAUCUAAUACAUGAGCAUUAGUUUAUUGAUAAUGAAAAAAAAAAAAUAGUCCAUCCCAUAAUCUUUUUCCACUUUGGCAUUUAGCAAAAGUUAAGAAAUGAUAGUUAAAAUUAAGGUCAAAUUUUUUCUAUUAAUUCUGUAAUUAUAUGGGCAAGUUCUCACCCUAAAACAAGAAUGCAGAUCCAAAAUCGAUUAGGUCAUCCUCAAGUAAAUCGGUCUACGGUUGUAAGUCUAAACCCGAACACAUGGGGCAUGCCGAAUAGUUCAUAAGCACAGAUCCAACAAAAAAAACUCAGUCCAAUGAUGUGACAGAAGAUAAGGGAAACGAGCUUAGUCACAGCUCUGCUCACAUACGCGUCGGGAGGAAUUAAAUGGUCGUCUGACGUGGAGAGGGACUUUUACGCGUCCGUACGUACAGAUAUGAGUGACAGAAACAAGUGACAUUAUAGUAGAGAAGCAGUUAAACGUCGGUUAAACAUUACUGGCAGACAAAAGGAAGGUGGAUAAAAGAAAAGAACGUCUUUUUCUAGCCAAGUUUAGACAUCCGCUUAAACCCUAUUUUCUAAAUAUUAGAAUAUUAAUAUCUAAUUUUAAUAUAAGAUGCAAUAAUUAAAU